AACUUCUCCAUUUUUGCUCUUACGCAUUCGUUUUUAUAUUCCAACGUAUUAUCUCACAAUUCGUCACACUGAUUCCCACAUCUCCUUUCUUGCAUAGGUUGCAAACGGCAACAAGGUGCGUUUCCAUCACUUGAAAUGUAAAUCCGUCUAUACGCGCAGGUCACCUGGAUGCGGGCAGAAACACCUGCUGGUAGAGGAGGCAGCACUUUUUAUGUCCAAGCACGUCCCACUAGCUGUUAGAGCUCAGCACAAAUAACCGAGUUUCCGCUGGCAUCUCGGUCACUGGGAUACUUAUUUUGGUGAGAUCCCCUUAUUUUCGCAUCGGAUAUGAUCUGGAGACUGGUGGUCCUCGGUGGGGUGUACGUCCUUUUCCUGGGGGCUGAAGGCAGCAGCCGCGGGGGGAGGACGGUGACUUUCAGCCGGACUCCGCAGGAUGAGAGCCAGGGCCAAGGGCGCGCACGCCAGAGGAGGGACACAAGCAGCUCCUCCGGGACCCCCAGGCCUUUCCACGGUCCUCCUUUCACCUCCUGUCGGACCCCCCUCACCCCUGACGAGCACAGGGUUCUGGAUGACAAUACAAAAGAGACAGGGUUUAACGGGGAUGAUGGCUCCCAUGUGAUUCUCACAUGGGUGGGCGAUGGUACAGGGGUCGUCCUGGUGCUAUCGACGUUUAGUGCUCCUAUAGAUUCUUUCAUGACCGGAGGCUCCUCACGACUUUACCGAAGCACGGAUUAUGCAAAAUCCUUUCUUGACAUUUCCCAUCGGAUCAACCACACCUUCAUAAGGGAGGAGUUUGAAGUCAGUGUUGGACCUGGGAGCUCCGUGAUACUGACAGCAGAUAUACCGGUGGUGGAUCACCCAGGAGGUAUCAUCUUCACCUCCACGGACGCCGGAGCGACCUUCAAAUUCAUCCAACUUCCCUUCCACCUGGCUAAGCGAAUCACGUACCACUUCCUCAAUCCUGACUACCUCGUGGCCCUCAGCAUUGAUGGCGGUCUGUGGCUCUCUCUGGACUUUGGUGCCAAGUGGACAAAAGUGCAUGAUGGAGUGCAUUCCUUCUCAUGGGGGGCUGGCAUUGAUAUGUUCUUAAGCUUCAGUAGAGAAGACACAGUUGAGACAGAUGAGAGGGGGGAUCUCGUGCUGAAGAGGACAACAGAUCUGGGGAAGACCUUCACCACAAUCCAUGAAAACAUCUUCAGUUUUGGCUACAUCGGAGCCUUGGUCUUCUUCUCUGUGAUGGAGGACCCGAGAUCCCCCCGUGUCAUGUAUUUCUCAUCAGACCAAGGAGAAACUUUCAGUCGGGCGCUGCUCCCCUCAGCCUCCACUGAGCAGUUCUACUCCAUUCUGGACGGAGAUGUAGAUAUGCUCUUCAUGCACGUGGACAACCCAGGAGACACCUUCUUUGGAACAAUGUACACAUCAGAUGAUCGCGGUAUCUUAUUCUCCAAAUCACUGGAGCGCCACCUGUUUGAUGGGCACAGGAAGAGCGACUUCACCAACAUCACUUCACUGAGAGGAGUCUACCUGACUAAUAAACUAGACAAAGAUGGCCGUAUAAGAUCUGUCAUUUCCUUUAAUAGAGGAGGGAUGUGGAGACAGCUUAACAAACCUGAGAAUGUGGAAUGUGAAGAUCAGGUCAAGAAUUGCAACCUUCACAUUCAUGGAGAGCACAGUCGUAAGAACCGCAUCGUUCCCAUGGUGGCUCUGUCUGAGCCCACUGCUAUCGGCCUGGUCAUCGCUCAUGGUACAGUGGGUGACUCUCUGUCAUCGUCGCAGCACCCUGAUGUGUUUGUCUCCUCAGACGGGGGUUAUAACUGGAGGGGGACACUGAGGGGUCCUCACCACUACAGCAUAUUGGACUCUGGGGGUCUCAUUGUGGCUGUGGAGACUCAGCGUGAAGGACAAGUCAAGACUAUCAAGUUCUCCACAGACGAGGGACAGUGCUGGAAGUUGUAUAACUUCACCGAGCAGCCCUUCUUCGUCGCAGGCCUGGCGUCUGAGCCGGGGACUAAGGUCAUGAACGUCAGCGUGUGGGGGUUCAGGCCUGAGGAGGACGGCCAGCCGAUGUGGGUGGUCGUCACCAUCGAUUUUCAGAGCCUCAUUACAAGAGAGUGUAAUGACCAGGACUAUGAGGAGUGGUUGGCUCAUGCUACAGACGAAGGAGACUUGAAGAGAAAGGGUUGUCUCCUGGGUGUCAAAGAGACCUACAGGAGGCUAAAGAAGAAAUCUGUGUGCAGAAAUGGCCGAGGCUUUGUGGUUAGCAAGAAGCAAAGCCCCUGCCUGUGCACCAGAGAAGAUUACGUAUGUGAUUACGGCUACUAUCGCCACGUGAACACGUCAGAGUGUGUGAGACAGAACGCUGCAAAUAAAACCCUGGAGCUCUGUCUGAAUGGAGAGGAGGAUGAGCUUCUGACAGCUGGGUACCGUAAGGUCCCGAGUGAUCGGUGUGAGGGGGGAUUCAAUCUCCAGCUGGCAGUGCAGACAGUCAUCAGACCCUGUGGUGUUAAACCCAGCCUCGGACCACCACCUGCCAGGUCCCCGUCUCCAAUCACACACUUUGACACAGCGCGAGAGAGGCUAGUUUUGAUCCUGGUGUGUGCCGGAGCAGGAGUCAUCGUGUUGGUAGUUAUCGUCUCCGCCAUCAUCGCUGUCAAAGGGGUGGUUCAAGGAACCAGUUCCCCAGUGUAUCGUUUCUCCAACCUCCGGAUUCAGGAUGAAGAUAACAGCAUCACUGUGGACCUUGAAAGCGCCACCAGCAGCAACGGCACAGUCUGCCCGCAGGACUCAGACGACGAUCUUAUUGAAUGACACGUGACCCAUUUAUAUGGAUUCAAUGAACUUUUCAAAUUCCUCCAGCAGAGCUGAAAAAGACUGCACAAUGCCUUUUGUUGGAAUAAUGUUUUACUCAUCAUGGAGGGUUCUGAGGAUUGCAGGACAAGCAUGAGAAUGUCUUUAUUUAUUGAGCUUGCGCAAUUUCACUGUUUUAUUUGCUUAAUCUUAUGAUUUGUACAGUUUUUUUUCCAAAUAACCACUUUUCUCUGUUUGCACUACCAUUUACUUUCUCUUUUAAUGUGAAAACAAAUGAAUAAUCCUAAAAAUGUGCAUUUAUAUUAAAAAAAACUACAAAAUA